UCGGAACUUCGAAGGUGCAAUUUUUUUCAUGCGUGUUUCAAUUCUGGGAAAGGGUAGCGGCCGAGAAUUGCUGUUCCCGCCCAUACCCAGUAGAAUAGUCCACAGUUCCACAGUGCCACUCCCUCUCCCGCUUCUUCGUAUCCUCCCCGCCGCCGCAAUGAGGAACAAGAAGCCGGCAGCCGCUUCUUCAAAGACGAUUAUGGACCUCUUCCACCCAGCCAAACGCCCCAAGCUCUCUUCUCCUUCCAAACCCUCCUCCUUCCCUCUCACCAAAUCCGCCACCGAUUCCUCUUCUUUCUCCACCUCCGCGUCCCUCUCCGAUGACCAGAAGUCUCGCAUCGAGUUCAACAAACUGCGCGCUAAGUCUAAGCGCAACCUCAAGCACUGUUCCCAACUCGUUUCUAACUGCAGAGAAGAAGGUGUGGGUUAUGUGAAAUUGGAGGAGCUAUUGGUGGAGGAGACAUGGUUGGAAGCUCUCCCUGGAGAGCUACAAAAGCCUUAUGCUAAGAACCUCAGCAGUUUCCUUGAGAAUGAGAUACUGGGCCGGGGAGUUCCCAUAUACCCACCUCAGCAUUUGGUGUUUAAUGCUCUUAACACCACCCCAUUUGACAGAGUCAAGGUGGUGAUCAUUGGACAAGAUCCUUAUCAUGGUCCUGGCCAAGCCAUGGGCCUUUCCUUCUCUGUCCCAGAAGGAGUCAAGAUUCCUUCAAGCCUUGUCAACAUAUUUAAGGAACUAAAGCAAGAUGUUGGGUGUCCAGUUCCUUCUCAUGGUAAUCUUGAAAAGUGGGCUAUUCAGGGCGUGUUAUUGCUCAACGCGGUUCUUACAGUUAGAGAGCAUGAGGCAAAUUCUCAUGCCAAGAAAGGAUGGGAGCAAUUCACAGAUGCUGUUAUCAAAACUAUUUCACAGAAAAAGGAGGGAGUUAUAUUUCUCCUUUGGGGAAACUUUGCUCGGGAGAAAUCCAGCACUUUUUCAGUUGUUCAAGCAUGCUUUCACGUAGAGAGUGUUGCACGCAGGUUAAUUGAUGGGACAAAGCAUCACAUCCUGAAAGCAGCUCAUCCCUCUGGCCUGUCUGCACACAGGGGCUUUUUUGGCUGCAGGCAUUUCUCUCAAGCGAACAAGCUCCUGGAGAAAAUGGGAGUUCCCCAGCUUGAUUGGCAACUUUAACUUCAGAAAAGUUGCUUAAAGAGUGAUGAUUAUCCAUCUAUCCUUCCUCCUGCAGUCACUUUUUGUUUGUAUGCGUUGUCCAAAGACCAAACCCAGUAACAAGCUAUAGUUCUAGGUAAAUGCCAAGGGAGUCAGUCGAUUUUGGGGAAGUUUUUGAAACCCUACUUCUACAGGUUGUGGGAAACGUAUGUUAAGAUGUGACAAAUCAUCGUGAUUUUGAUGCUCCUACGUGUUUUCCGCUAUCAGAGUUCGGAAUCAUUAUGUAAAUCCCUCUAUUGACUCUGAAUGCUAAACUACAGCAAUGCUAUAAUCUCUAGUCCCCAUACUCGCUAAACGCGAGAACCGAGAUGUGAUUAAGGAUGUAAACUUUUUCUAUUUCGCCACCCUUCAACCCAGUUAAUGUGCAUAUUCUAGCUGUAACAGAUUAUCUACCCAGCAGCUCGCCCACCACUGCAUCACUGAGUCCCAGUCAACAAG